UUGUGGCCAGAAUAGUGGGAGGGACAUAGAGAUCAGCAAACUCUUCAGAAGUAACGCUUUAUUUCUGGUCAGCGGCGUCACUGACUUAGCUUAUUUGGAGUAAUCUGACCGAGGUUAUGGGGUUGAGGUAGGGUAAAGUUGGUUUUCCCAACAAUAAGUAGAAGUCGUGGAGUCAUCAUUGAAUUAAUUAAACACUGGAGGGUGGUUAGGAUCUGCUGAGCACGAACACUGGCAACUAACACUGCGACAAAGAAACCUUUCUUGGUCUGGAUAUUGUGAGUAUUGAGACCCCGAGUAAGAAUGGAGGACAAGAGAGAGGAAGGCGAGGCCGAAAUUCAGGAACAUGGACCCGAGCACUGGUUCUCCAAAUGGGAGCGGCAAUGUCUGUCGGAGGCAGAGCAGGAGGAGCAACCUGAUGAGGAGGCCGAGCACAGUCAGCAGAAACUCUGGCACCUUUUUCAGAACUCGGCGACCGCUGUGGCGCAGCUCUAUAAAGAUCGAGUAUGUCAACAACAAGGGCUGUCACUGUGGGUGCCUUUUCAAAAUGCUGCAACAGCUGUCACCAAUCUUUACAAAGAAAGUCUGGAUGCCCACCAGCGGAGCUUUGACUUGGGAAUACAAAUUGGCUAUCAAAGACGAAAUAAGGAUGUGUUGGCCUGGGUUAAAAAACGCAGACGAACUAUUCGCAGAGAGGAUUUGAUAAGCUUUCUAUGUGGAAAAGUACCACCUCCUAGGAACUCGCGUGCUCCUCCACGAAUGACUGUUGUAUCACCUAAUAGAGGCACUCCAGCAGAAACUGGCUCUUCUGUAGAAACAGACUUGCAGCCUUUCCGGGAAGCAAUAGCUCUCCAUGGUAACCACAUGACAUCAGAUGCUAUUGUGCUAGAGAUGUUAACAGGCUUAAGUGGAGCAAUGGCAGGCAUCAGUGUUCGCUCAAGUACUCCAGGCUCACCUACUCAUGUAAGCAGCAGUUCGAACACUAGCCGUCGAAGAAAUGGACUUCAUGAUGUGGAUUUGAACACUUUCAUAUCAGAAGAAAUGGCUCUCCAUUUGGACAAUGGUGGCACACGAAAGCGCACCUCGGCCCAAUGCAGCGAUGUCAUUUCAGACUCACCAACUCAUAAACGCAACAGAAUGAUCUAACAUGCAAAAAUAAAUAUAAAACUCCACCAUGCUGCUUGAAAGACACUUGAUCCUCAGCAUUCUGAUUUAAAGGAACUGUGAUGGCCAUCUUACCCUUUAACUGCUUAUACAAGUGAAUACAGUAAUGAUUGCCAUAAAAAUUUAGGUAUUAAUAUAGUUGCCUUUUUUUAACUGUGGCAUUCAUAAACUUGUACACAGCAGAAGAAUGAAUUAAUGUAGUCAUUGGCAAUAUUUUAGGUGAACAUCUAACAAUUCAAUGCAAGUGGCCUUAUUGUAUUUGCAAAGGGAAGUGUUGAUUUUUUUAUUUUAUUUUUAUUAUACUUUUUUUUUUCUUCUGCUAUAGAGUACUUUAUACAAUACAGUACUCCACAAUAUUGCCAAUAUGAAAUUGCCUAAAAUAUGACAUUGCAUUCAUGAAAUAUACUUUUAUUGUUCACCGCACAGUGCAUGUACUUUUCCAUAGUCCUAUUUAUUUUUUCCCCUUCCAUCUUAUAAUGCAGAGAAGUGAAUUAAUGGUCAUGCAAAUAAUUAACAUCUGAUCUAUAUUGGAUUUACUGUGUUUUUGUCAUUCUGAUAUGCAGUUCACAAACCCAAGUUAUACAUACAUAAGCAUUUUAAAUUUGUCAGUUUAAGCAUUUGUAUGCACUUAUUUACAUGCUUGCUGUAUCCUUGUGAAGUAAUGUAAACUGUAUACGCCACACUAAACUCUAAAAUACAGAAAUGUAACAUUUUGUAACCUUGUAAGAGGCUUUAUUAGGUAAUAGAUAUUUAUUUGCAUUUGAAUACCAUAUAAAAUGUUUCUGAUGGAAUUUUUUUUAUGUACUCUGAUAUAUUAACACAUUAUAGCUUUAACAAUGUGAUUAAUUCAUUCCCAUGUGGACUGCAACACAGUUUUGAUAUGGUUUAAAAGUCCUGUAAAACUGGCCUUUAUACCAAAUAGUUUUGUAUAUGUGGCAUGACAUAUAACAAACAUAUUUUCUGUGGCUUCAUCCUUUGCUCUAAAGAAAAGACUGUAAGGUUUUGCACCAAUGAUAGAUACAUAUUGGAUAUUGACAUUUGAUUAUUCUGUAAUAGAUCCUUAGAAAAUGUUUCAAAAUAACAUUUUGCAAAAGUCUGAGUUAAGCAUCAGAUUUGCCCAUUUUUUAGACUUCUGCGUAAAUGCCACCAUUUCUACUCUGUGCUUUAAUGUAAGGCAAGAUUGCGAUGCUUUGAUGCCUAAAUCAUUGUAUGUCACUACCAGUAACCGGUUUGGAGAAAUGGCUCCUCUAGUAAUAUGGUGUGCAUUGUAAGCAGACAUUGAAUUUAUAAUUGGGCAUUUGAAAAAUAAACAGUCUUUGUAUAAAA